CCCUCACAUGACGUUUCUUGGCAGGUUAUGUCAUGGCUGCUGGCUGACCUGCUCCUCUUGUACCUUUGUAAACUUUCCCCUUUCAACCUUCUCUCUCUUUCAAACCUUACUAUUCCAUCAAGAUGCUCCGUCAAUUCAUUGUCCGCCCUGCCGUCACUGCCAACCGGGCAGUUAUGACCCGCUCAUUCUCCGUCGCUGUCCCUCGAAUGGGUGAGGGUGAUACUGGCGCCCCUCGUUCCGGUAGUGGUGCCACUUCUGGUGACGCAUUCACUCGCCGCGAGGCCGCUCAGGAGAGCCUUUACAUCCGCGAGAAGGAGCUGGAGAAGCUUGCUGCACUCAAGAAGAAGAUUACUGAGCAGCGCAAGCACCUCGAUGAGCUCGAGAACCACAUUGACGGCCUGAGCCGCCAAUAGACCCAUCGUCUAUGCAUCCUGCAUUUAUGAAUAGCUACACUAAGCUCAGUGUAUAAUAGCAUCUCCACUCCAAGCCAUCCGGGUUUGUUUGCUGGAUUGAGCUCCGUUUUUCAUUACUAGCGCCUAUGCCUCGGAAAGCAUCUCUCUGCCAUCAAUUUCCUGGGUUUCUCUAUUGAACUUUGCACUGUGUAUGAGAUACAUGAUUUGUGUCCCUGUAGCCUCGAGGGCAUUCCUGCGUAAGGGAAUGAUAUCGAGCUGAUCUGAUAACAGCUUGACAGUUCUCGAGGAUUAAAGUCGCCGUAGGAACAUGCACAUCAGAGUGCGUAUAAUCAUGUAGGCCUCAAUAUACACAAACCUAGUCCAGGUGUCAAGUAUCGCAUAUCAUUCCGUGGUGCAAUAUCUCAGAAUGAAAUAAGCUCAUUCCGAAGUGACAGGGCGGCGGUGGAUAUUUGUUGACUGCUCCACAUAUCAAGGCCCACACCUACAUUUGGAGCUCUUUCCUAUACAAUCCUUCUUCCUUCUUCAUCUCUCACAACUUGCCCAUGCGCAAAU